GUAAUAAAUGAGUACAAUAAAUACUAAGAGAUAUCUGGUCACUAUAACCAUACAAUAUUUAGUACUAUUUUUUGAUAUUUUUGUCAAUUCGUUUGCUACUUUCUCCCGAGCGAAUCCAAUUAAUUUAUUAAUUCUCUACGUGGCUCAAGAUAUUUGUCUUAUUAUGACUAUCACGCUUUUACUAGUUAACUUCUUUUCCACUUACAUUUUUCAGAUAGGAUUAAUACAAUUAUUAUAUACAAAAUUUCGUGUAACACUAAUAUUGUGUAUCAUAUAUAUGGUAUUAAGCGUUAGCUUACAUACAUGGGACAUUAAAGUGCACUGGUCAUCACCUCUCAAAUACUAUUGGACUAAAGAUUUUCAUGUUUUUUACUCAUUACAUAGAGGAGGUAACAUCUUUUCAAACGAAUUUAUGUACAUAGUAUUAUUACAAUUAUUUCAUGUUCAGUUGCAGUUUUACACUAUUAUUUCUAUAAAAGGGCAUCUCUUAGAAUCGCAGAUCCAAGAUUCUAUGAAAGGUCAACGUGGGUUCAAAGCCAGUUCAGCCUGUCGUAAUAUUUAUGAUUAGUUAAAUGUUAAGAGAGAAAUUAACAAAAGCUUUUCACGCGUAAUAAGUAGGAGAAAUGUAAAAUAGCGAAAAAAGAUCUCCUACAAUUCUCGUAAAUAUUUUUACUUUAUCUACAACAAAAUAUAGUUAUGGCUAAAACAAAAUUUAAGUGGAAUAAUAUUACAAUUUCCCUUUACCCUAAUUUGAGUUUUUCAAAAAUAUUUAUGUCUGGUAUAUUAUAAUCUGCUACAGAUGUAAUAUACAAUAGCAAUCAAUUUUUAAAAGUAUUUUUAAGACUAAUUCAUUUUAUAUACAGUAUAAAAGGUAUUAAUAAAGUACUUUUUACAAUUAUUUUGACAUUUUACAAAAAUAAAAUGUAAAAUUUUAUACAUUUUACGAAGCGUACGUAUAUGUAACUCAUAUUAUACAAUACUAUAUUACAUACAUUU